UCAUUACCUAUUAUCUAAAUGAAUCACUCUGUUUCUAUGAUGUCUUGCCUUAACCCACCCUCGCCUCGCAUCUAUUCUCCCGGUGCUUGUUUCCAACCGGCUGGACCAACACCGCGUAUUCGUGGCACAUGUUUACUUCUCAGAGCCAAAUGUUGACAAAUCAUUCAAAGCUCCGAGGCAGGAGGUGAGAUCCGACCUAGCUGACCUUCGACUGUCCCUUCAAUCUCAUUCGGCACACGACCGGGAUGGGGUAGUCCAUACAAAGUCCUCGACUUGAAGGCCGGACAUUAUAAACAAUGAGCCCAUGAAUGCCUCCGAAUACGUUGUCUUCCUCUCUUCAUCUAGUAGAUGACAUUGUGUCGCCAUGCUUGCUGAUCCAGUAAAAGUCCAAAUUCCCAAGUCUUACGAGACACUUCCUGUUAAGCAUGUCAAGGUGUCGCAUUAUCCAGAGGGCACGUCCGAACCCACUCCGGUCAUUGUCGUUACCCUGAACAGGCCCAAGCAGGGCAACGCCUUUACCAAUCAAAUGAUGACCGACUUCGAACUCAUUUAUCCCAUGUUCGAUCUUGAUGAAAGAGUCAAGGUAAUUGUCAUUACUGGCGCCGGCAAGUUCUUCUGUGCGGGUGCAGACCUCGAUAUCGGCUUUCCCAGUGAUGGCGAUAGAGAAAGGAUAGUCGAUCACCGUGAUAGUGGCGGUAGACUCAACCUCGCCAUAUAUCGCUGCAGAAAACCCACCAUCGUCGCUCUCAAUGGGUCCGCGGUCGGGCUGGGGAUGACUCUCGGUCUCUCAGCUGCCAUUCGAAUUGCUCAUGCUUCUUCCAAGUAUGGUUUUGUCUUCGCUCGUAGAGGCAUCACCAUGGAGUCCAAUUCGUCUUUCUUCUUGCCGCGCUUAAUUGGGCACUCUAAUGCCCUCUAUCUCUUGACCACCGGAGACGUCUAUCGAGGGGACUCUAAGCAUUUCGGCAGUCUGUUCCAAGAAGUCAUAGCUGAUCAGCCGGGUGUUCUGAAGCGAGCAUUAGAGCUUGCCACAAACAUUGCCGAAAAGACCAGUGUACUCGCGGGCUUCAUGAACCGCGAGCUCAUGUGGAGAGGGAAGCCGACCGUCGAGGAGACCCAUCUACUCGACAGCGCCGUCUUGUAUCACAUGUUCGCCAAUAAGGAUUGCAAGGAAGGGGUCAAGAGCUUCUUGGAAAAGCGCGAGCCUAACUUCACCGCAACCCUCGAGGAGGAUGGUCCUCCCAUUUAUCCUUGGUUCUCCGAGGUUGACACGGGCUCUCGACCACGUCGGGAUCGCGGCAGUAAAGCGAAAUUAUGAUCAUGAGCGUUCAGUGAUGAUCUCUAUCUCGUCAUUCGAGAUGCCGUUCAUAGUUUGGGCCUGGAUGUCUGUCGACGCCAAUUGCUCAAUGCCUCUGCUUCCCUCGUCAUGGCCUUCUUUUGCAUAGUUUCCA